CCGCCGCCCGGACGGCCCCGCGGAGAGGCGGACGCGGAGCCAGCGGCGCCCUCGCCUCUUUUCCCUCCGGCGCGCGCUGCCAUCCAGUCAGACCGCGGCAGCCAGGCUCCCACCUCCGGGGAAGGAGGGCUUGCUCGGUGGGCGAACCGUCCUCCUCCGCCGCCGCCUCUUCCUCAGCCCGUCAAGACGCCUCGCCGGCUGAGCUGGCGGCCGCCCCGUCUUCCAGGAGCCUCCCAGAAACGAGCUACUGGAUGUAGAAGGAAAGUAGGUCGUUAAUGUAGAAAAUGCCUCAAAGGGACAAGUGUUGUCAGACUGACCACCAUCACCAUGGGUGCUGUGAACCAGUACGUAUGCUGGAGCCUGGAGAUCCUCCUUUACUGCAGCAGCCUCUUCAAACAUCUAAAUCUGGCAUUCAACAAAUAAUUGAAUGUUUUCGAUCAGGAACUAAACAACUUAAACAUAUUUUGUUGAAAGAUGUGGACACCAUUUUUGAAUGUAAAUUGUGCCGCAGUCUCUUCAGAGGAUUACCAAAUUUAAUAACCCAUAAAAAGUUCUAUUGUCCUCCAAGUCUGCGGAUGGAUGAUAACUCUCCUGACGUAAAUGAUAAACAAAGUCAAGCCAUAAGUGAUCUUCUAGAAGCUAUGUAUCCAAGAGUGGACAAGCAAGAUUAUGUAAUUCGUCUGGAACCUAUAGAAACGAAUCAGAAUGCUGUGUUUCAAUAUGUUUCAAAGGCUGAUAGCUCAGCUGAGAACAUUGAGAUGAUUGUCACUCCUGAUCAAGCUCCUAUAGAAACACCAGAACCUCCCACAGAACCUUCUAAAUCGGUUCCAGCUCCUUCAGAAGCAGAAACUGUAGCUAUUCCUUCUCCUGCUGCUAACAAGGUAACAUUGACUCCAGAAGAACCUACUCCAUCAUCAAAGCCUGAGGUGGAAUGCAAUAAUAAUUCUGAUUCUGGACAUCAGUUAAUUUGUUGUCUGUGUAAAAAAGAAUUUCAUUCCAGACGCAGUGUACGCCGACAUAUUAGAAAAGUGCACAAAAAAAAGAUGGAAGAAAUAAAGAAAUUUAUUGAAAUUAAAAAAAGGCCAAAUCAGAUAUCCAGAAGGGGUCGCAACAAGAAUGUUCUUGUAACAUUGGGUAGAAGUUGUCCUGUGUGCUUUAAAUCCUUUGCUACAAAAGCCAACGUAAGGAGGCAUUUUGAUGAAGUGCAUAGGGGACUGAGGAGGGAUUCCAUAACUCCUGAUAUAGCUACAAAACCUGGGCAGCCUUUAUCUUUGGAUACAGCUUCUGCUAAAAAAUCUCUUAAGACCCGAAAGCAAAAGUCAUCAAAGGUUGAGUAUAACUUAACUGCCUGCAAAUGCCUCUUGUGCAAGAGGAAAUAUAGUUCCCAAGUAAUGCUUAAAAGGCAUAUGCAAAUUGUUCAUAAGAUAACUCUUUCUACCAAGAAUACUAAAAGAGAGAAAAAGCCUGGUAACACUGUUAAUAUGGAUGUCAAAGUUAAAAUUGAACCAACAGAAUCUGCAGAAUCUGUGCCUCCCACCCUCAGUUUUCCACAGAAUGAAGGGAAGGGAACAAAUAAUUCAAAUGAAAGAAAGAAUGCAUCAUUGGCUGAGAGGAAGAAUGCAUCAUUGGCUGAGAAGAAGAAUGCACCAUCGGCUGAGAGGAAGAAUGCCCUGUCAGCUGAGAGGAAGAAUGCACCAUCAGUUGAGAGGAAGAAUGCCCUGUCGGCUGAGAGGAAGAACGCACCAUCAGUUGAGAGGAAGAAUGCAUCAUCAGUUGAGAGGAAGAAUGCACUGUCGACUGAGAAGAAGAAUGCACCAUCGGCUGAGAGGAAGAAUGCACUGUCGGCUGAGAGAAAGAAUGCACCAUCAGCUGAGAGGAAAAGCCCACUUUCUGCUGAGAGGAAAAGCGCGCCGUCGACUGAGAGGAAAAGCGCACCGUCGACUGAGAGGAAAAGCGCACCGUCGACUGAGAGGAAAAGCGCACCGUCGACUGAGAGGAAAAGCGCACCGUCGACUGAGAGGAAAAGCACACUGUCUGCUAAGAGAAAUAAAGUUAAGCUGAGUUCUGAAAAUUCUAAGUCAAGUAACCAAUCCCUUGCAGGUGGUCCCAAAAAGCCCAGGAAACCAAGACUUUCAGCUGGCUUUGAUUUUAAAAAGCUUUACUGUAAACUCUGUAAACGUCAAUUUACUUCUAAACAAAAUUUAACAAAACAUAUUGAGUUGCACACAGAUGGAAACAACAUAUAUGUUAAAUUCUACAGGUGUCCUCUCUGCACUUACGAAACACGUCGAAAGCGUGAUGUGAUAAGACAUAUAACUGUAGUACAUAAAAAGUCUUCACGUUAUCUUGGUAAGAUAACUGCAAGUUUAGAAAUCCGAGCAAUAAAAAAACCAAUUGACUGUGUUCUAAAUAAGGUGGCAAAAAGAGGCCCUCAGAGGGAUGAAGGUAAACAAAAUGGUUCAAAACAGGAUGUCACCUCUAACUCGCCAAGUAAAAAGUAUGAAGGAGCUGAUGUUGGCAUUGAAGUGAAAGUCACAAAAAACUUUUCUCUGCACAGAUGCAAUAAAUGUGGGAAAGCUUUUGCCAAAAAGACUUUCCUGGAACAUCAUAAGAAAACUCAUAAGCCAAAUGUGUCACAUUCACCUGAAGAAAACAAUAAAACCAAAGGCAGAAGUACAAGAUCUAAAGCUCUUGUCUGGUGAGGAACACCUAGUGCCUUCUUAAAUGUUUGCCUAACUUUUCCAUUGGUACACCCCAGCUCAUACACACAUUUCUUCAUAGAUCUGAUGCUGUUGAAGUAAAAGAAUCUUGCAUUUAUUCUUUUAUGCCAUUUUUUCUAUAGUAUGAAACUAAGAGUUUAAUUUCUGGAUUUGUCUUCAUUCAGGACACUGAACCUAGUACAGUUUGAAUUGUACAGGGUUGGUUCUUCAAGGUUUAAUAUUUUAUUUGGGAAUACUGAUUAGCAGUAGAUACCAUAGUUCCAAAGGUGUUUUUUUAAUAUUAACUUUGCACUUCAUUGGUAUUGACCAGGCGGAGAAAGCCUUGAUAGGCUGGAGACGGCUGUGUGGGUGCUGUGUUGCUUAAUUGUGGUUUAGUCUGUUAGCAAACAUUUUUGGCAUAGAGUUGUCACAGAAAUGCUGAUAUACUUGUGACUAUCAUAAAAUUAUGAUAUAUAUCUGAACCAUAGAGUUAGCAGUUUUGCAUAAAAACCCCUCCAUUUCCCAUAUGAUACAAGAUACCAGCCCCUCAAAUAUCAAUACAUCCUUGUUUUAUCUGAGCUUGUUGUUUUGAUCCUUGGCCCCUCAUAUCCAGAAUUUUAACCAUAAUGUUAAUUUCCGCAGACCCUGUUUAAAAGUUGGAUAGCGAUCAAAUAGUCUACAGUACCAUUUUAUACAAUGGAUGAAUAUAUAUCAGGAAUGUAGGGCAAUUUUAAAUUAACUUGUUUGAAUGGAAAUAUCUUUUGUCAACCAGCAGUCAAGGAUAGAAUAGUUUUUUACAUUACUGUAUUAUACAAAAGAUUCGUAUUCUCUAACAGAUGUUUAUUAAGAGCAUUUUAAUGUUGAUACUUUAGUCCCAAAGCCUCCAGCACCUGAAGGUAGCUUCCCAGUAUUAAACCACUUGUGAAUUCUGGUUCUUAAUGUGAAAAGAUCUCUCUCUCUCUCUCUCUCUCUCUCUCUCUCUCUCUCUCUCUCCACACACACAGAGUCAAGCAUCCAGCUAUAUGGAAGCCACCCUCAGAUUGUUGGUAGAAUUUUGGUGAAAAAAAAAUUCUUUUUAAAAAAGCUAAAUAAUAAAGAGAGGGUCAUUGAGCUGUAUUCAGCCUCAGCUGAUGGAAGGCUCAUUGAUCCAGAGGAAGCUUAAGUCAGGUGAUUUUCAGUGAUAUAUCCUCCCCCCACAUCCCUGACUCUGCCCCCUAACUCUGCUCUGUAGGGUUGAGGGCCCCUUCAGAAUAGUGUGGGAGGUGAUAUGGGAUAGCUGCAGUAGGAGGGGGAAUCACGGGAAUCAGCUCCCUUCGCACUCCAUGGUUGGAAGCCUCCACUGAAUCAAAGAGCUUUUGUCAGGGACUCCAAUUAGAUACAACCCAAUAUUAGCAAAAUUACAGUCAGCCACCUCUUUUUAAGUAGACUAAAGAUUAUAUUGCUAUUCAUAUUUCUCCUUAACAUAAAAUGAUGUGUGGUAAAAUUUGGAAAUAGAACCACUGACUAAUGUCUUGAAUAGUACCUAUGAAAAUAAAUAUUUUUAUAAGAUAUUUUCUUACUAAAUGUAUUAACUGUUCAUAAAGCAUAACACCUUGUCCAACUUUUUCAACAGCAAUUAAGCUGCAUUAAAAUGGCCCUUAGAGCUAAAAGCCAACUUAGUCCAUGCAGUUCAGUAGUGUUGGUAAUAGGAAGCAAAAGUUUUAAAAGGGAAAUUUUUCAAAUACUUUUAGAAGAAAUAUUUUUUAAGGAAACUAUAAACUGGAACAUGUGUUCUAUAGACGUGGUCCCUACUUAAUCCUGAUUUUGCUGAACAUAUUUUAUGUUCAAUGUGAUAUACUACUAAGCAAACACUUGUUGUGUGAUGUACUUUAAAAAUAUUUUUUUAUAAAUGAAUGUAUAUGAACAGUUUCUUAGAUAAUUUGAAUGAAUUGUAAUUAAAUUGUAAUAAUUCUAGACUUUGCUCUAAUUUCAAUUCAUGGUUGACUAAUUUGGGGAGUAUUAAAUUUGACUGUACUGAACUUGCUGCAAAGAUCCAGAGUAAUUUUGCAUGGCUACCAUAUUGGACAGUCUUUCAUAUGGAAGUUUACAAGUGACCCACAUUCCCCUAUUUUAAUUGUUGUUGUUUUUUUAAAAAAUACACACGCACUUUAAUAGCUCCAGUUUAAAUUUCUUUUAGUGAUUAUUUUUAAAGUACACUAAUACUUAUGUAAAGAUAGUUGGGUUUUUUUAGACAAUUCAUAUACAACCAUUGCUUUGUAGUUCCUUAAUAUUGUUUAAGGAAGAUAGUGCAAGGAUGUUCUUUUUUUGCCCACAAGAUGUUGAAUGACCACUGUAGGUAGCACUUGACUUUCACUGUAAAGUUUAUAAAAGGCUUGCUUGAUUCUUGUCUAUUUUAUAAUCGAUUCUAUAGCAAAACAGUAGCAUACCUACCAUUAUGAAAUUUGUUGGCAGGUUUCUGCACAUUUUUUUUAAAAUUUUUAGAAAAUGUUUAGUGAUUUGUGUCAAAUUGCCACAAUUAAAAAGAUACUGAACAGCUGAAGAAAUGCCGUUUUUAAUAUUGGUCAACUCCCUUUCUUAGGGAAAGCCUUGUGUCCAUAUAUAGUUUUUGUAUAAAAUAUAUCUAAAAAUGUUGAUCAUAAAUAAAAAAAAUAUUCUUUUAUGGAUAGAUAAGUGUUUGGCCUUUUAGUGCUUUGCACUAAAAAAACUGUGAAUGGAAAAUAGACUGUAACUGUUGCUGGAAAUGUUCUAUGUUGAAUGUACAUGCUUCUUGGAUAAAUGUACUUUAUUUGGAAAUAAAGCAGACUGGAAGUUAUUUCAGGUAAAUGUA